GCGUCUACAAUCUGCCGUUUCGGCAGGACGAGCGUACGCGUCACGCGUGUAAAUGUAACCCGGUUGAAAAGACAGAUAAGGACCAAAUAAAUCAAAGUUGGAGAGGCAACAGCACCAAGCCCAUAAAUGUAGAAAGCCCAACAACCCACACCUCCGCUUCGGGCUCGGAUUCUCAUAUUUUUGCCGGCCGUUUUGUAAUUUUCAGCUUCACGUGAGGAAAAAAAUAAAAGAAAAAGAAAAUAAAGAAAGAAAAAAAGAGUUGGCGAUUGAAUUUAAAUUGGUUUGGAUUUUGAUUGGUUCCUUCUCUAUUUCUUCUUCGCUUUCUCGCGGGGCGAAUGCAAUAUCGUUUCUCAAUUCUCAGACAACCUCUUCGGUUUUAGGAUUCAGAAAAGUGAGUAAAAAUUUGGUAAAAAAAAAACUAAAUAAAAAAGUAGGAAUUGGUGGAGGUUCGAAUGGCGCGUAGCGGCGGCGGCGGAGUCGGGGUGGUGGAGUCGGCGGUGAUAGCGUACAACCUGAGAGACGCAUCGAGUUGGUGGCACGACAUCAAUGCCUCCCCUAUUUGGCAAAACCGCAUAUUUCAUGCCCUCGCUAUUCUCUACGGUCUCGUCGCCGUCGUUGCCCUGGUUCAAUUGAUUCGGAUACAAUUGAGAGUGCCGGAGUACGGUUGGACCACGCAGAAAGUAUUCCACUUUCUUAAUUUUGUUGUCAAUGGAGUUCGAUCAGCAGUGUUUGUGUUCCGCUGGCAAGUGCAGAAGCUGCAUCCAGAGAUUGUCAAACAUAUCUUGCUUGAUAUGCCGAGUCUUGCCUUCUUCACUACCUAUGCGCUCUUGGUUCUUUUCUGGGCUGAAAUUUACUAUCAGGCACGCACUGUUUCUACAGAUGGACUGAGGCCAAGCUUCUUGACUGUCAAUGCUGUGGUUUAUGUGAUUCAGAUUGCUAUGUGGUUGAUAUUAUGGUGGAAGCCUAUCCCAGUUCUGCUCACCUUAUCUAAGAUGUUCUUUGCAGGUGUGUCCUUAUUCGCAGCCCUUGGGUUUCUUCUAUAUGGUGGAAGACUCUUCUUGAUGUUGCAGAGAUUUCCUGUAGAAUCAAAAGGACGACGUAAGAAGCUGCAGGAGGUUGGCUAUGUGACAACCAUAUGUUUUACAUGUUUCCUUGUCAGAUGCAUAAUGAUGUGCUUCAAUGCAUUCGAUGAAGCUGCUGACCUUGAUGUUUUGAAUCACCCGGUUCUAAACUUUAUAUAUUACCUAUUGGUGGAGAUAUUGCCUUCUUCUUUGGUCCUUUUCAUUUUGAGGAAGUUGCCUCCAAAGCGUGGGAUCACACAAUAUCACCCGAUUCGCUGAGAUGAUGGAGAAACAUCCGAUGAUAGAAAACAAAGAAUGGACUUACAGUACACAACAUUGAAAUGCUUAUCUACCGAAUGGGGAGAACGAAGUAUUGGAAAGAGGCGGAAAAGGUUUCAGAAGCAGCUUUAUUGGAUACUGAGUGUUGGUUCUUAGCAGGGGAUGGUAGCUUUAAAGGAUUGUCAAAUAUGUAAGAAUCGUGAUCUUUUUAUUUUGAUUGUCUUGAAUCAGACUGACUGGUGUUGCUUUGUUGAUUGGAAAGGGGGGCUGAAAAAACAGUGUUUUAUGUAUGAUUGGAAGGUAAAGUGUGUUAGUUUGUUCUAUUUCACGAACUCGGGAUCGAUCAGUAUUUUCGGACAUUUGUAUUUUUGAAUGAGAUGCGGAAAUGUGCAAUCUGUGAUAGUUUUAUAUA